GGUCUCCAUGCCCAGAGGCAGCAGAUGCCCAACAGCAGCUCCAUCAGCCAGUUCCUCCUCCUGGCAUUCGCAGACAGGCGGGAGCUGCAGCUCCUGCACUUCUGGCUCUUCCUGGGCAUCUACCUGGCUGCCCUCCUGGGCAACGGCCUCAUCAUCACCACCAUUGCCUGGGACCACCACCUCCACACCCCCAUGUACUUCUUCCUGCUCAACCUCUCCCUGCUUGACCUGGGCUGCAUCUCCACCACCCUCCCCAAAGCCAUGGCCAAUUCCCUCUGGGACACCAGGGCCAUCUCCUACACAGGAUGUGCUGCACAGGUCCUGUUCUUUUUUUUCUUUCUUGGAGCAGAGUACUGUCUCCUCACCGUCAUGUGCUAUGACCGCUACGUGGCCAUCUGCAGACCCCUGCACUACGGGACCCUCCUGGGCAGCAGAGACAGAGACCAGCAAGAACCACGCUGUGAUGCCAGCCUGGCCGCUCCAGUUUGCACCCCCACUGACAUCCUCCAUGUCUACACGGAGUCGCAGCAGCUGCUGAAGGAUGCUGAAGAAAUCACCAGCAGCCAGACCUGGAAUCCAGCUGGUGCCAAAGCAGGGCAGAAGCGCCAGCAGCUCUUGCCCAACCGUCUGGCCAAAGUGGCUUUCCGGCCCAUUGGUGAAACCCUCAUGGCCACCACUUUCCUGCAGCACAUCUUGGAGAAACGGACAGAUGAUGAUGGCCUCACUGUCAAUGUGGAGCAGACCAUAGACCUUUGA